AUGGAUGAAGAAUACGAUGUCAUUGUUCUCGGUACUGGUCUAACCGAAUGUAUUUUGUCCGGUCUGCUGUCCGUAGAGGGCAAGAAGGUCCUUCACAUGGAUAGAAAUGAUUACUACGGUGGUGACAGCGCAAGCCUGAAUCUAGCUCAGCUUUACCGCAAGUUUAGACCAGACCAGAGUCCGCCUGCGGAGCUCGGUCGCGACCGCGACUACGCCGUCGACCUCAUCCCCAAGUUCAUAAUCGCCUCGGGCGAGCUGACACGCAUUCUCGUGCACACCGACGUCACCAGAUACCUCGAGUUCAAGCAGAUCGCGGGCAGUUUCGUCUACCGCGAUGGCAAAAUAUCCAAGGUCCCGAGCACGGAGAUGGAGGCGGUCAGGAGCCCGCUCAUGGGCCUGUUCGAGAAGCGACGGGCGAAGAGGUUCUUUGAGUUCCUGCAGAGCUGGAGGAACGACGACCCUACGACCCACCAAGGCAUUGACCUGGACAAGGACUCUAUGAACGCGAUCUAUGAGAAGUUCGGUCUCGAGCCUGGUACCCAGGACUUCAUUGGUCACGCUAUGGCACUUUAUCUGGAUGACGACUACAAGGCGAAGCCCGCCAGGGAAACGUAUGAACGGAUCAUUCUCUACACCUCAUCUAUGGCGCGCUAUGGCAAAUCCCCGUAUAUCUAUCCCCUCUAUGGCCUUGGCGAGCUGCCACAGUCGUUCGCGCGUUUGAGCGCCAUCUACGGCGGAACCUAUAUGCUCGACAAGCACAUCGACGAGAUCGUCACCGAUGCCGAGGGCAAGUUCGUCGGCGUCAGGAGUGGUAGCGAGACGGUCAAGGCUAAGCAGGUCAUCGGUGACCCGAGUUACUUCGGGGCAGGCAAGUCCACUGAUGGAGGCAAAGUCUCAGUGGUGGAGGAAUGCAAGGUCGUCCGUGCGAUCUGCAUUCUUAAGCACCCCAUCCCGCAGACGGAAGAUGCAGACAGCGCACAGAUCAUUAUCCCACAGAACCAGGUUGGUAGGCGAAACGAUAUCUAUAUUGCGAUGGUGUCUUCGACGCACAACGUCUGCGCUAAGGACGUGUACGUCGCCAUUGUCAGUACCAUCGUGGAGACCAACAGACCUGAGCAAGAGAUUGCGCCUGGUCUGUCGCUGCUUGGCCCUAUCUACGAGAAGUUCGUGUCGGUCACGUCGUUGUACACCCCAACAGCGACCGGAGAAGCUGAUAAUAUCUUCAUCACGCGAUCCUACGAUGCUACGUCCCACUUCGAGACCGUCGUCGAGGAUGUAAACGAUGUCUGGAAAAGGGUCGUGGGCAAGGAUCUCGUGCUGAAGAAGCGUGAAGUCGAAGUGGAGGCAUAA